CACAAACACCUAGCUAGCUAAUCCGAGGGUGGAGAAGAAGAAGAAGAUCAUGUCGAUGAACGACAUGGGGUGCCGCCUAACCCUGGCAAUCGUCUGCUGCAUCCUCCUGUCGUCGCUCGGCACGGCAGCCGCGACGGGGAAGACAGGCCGGAUCACGGUGUACUGGGGCCAGACCUCCAGCGAGGGGUCGCUCCGCAAGGCCUGCGAGAGCAAGCUCUACUCCACCGUCAUCCUCUCCUUCCUGACCAACUUCGGCCGCGGCAAGUACAAGCUCGACCUCGCCGGCCACCCCUGGAAGGACGUCGGGCACGACGUCAAGUACUGCCAGUCGAAGAAAAUCCUCGUCCUGCUCGCCAUCGGCGGCGGCAUUGGAAAGUACUCCCUCGCCUCCAAGGCCGACGCCAAGGAUGUGGCCAACCACCUCUGGGACAACUACCUCGGCGGGAAGUCCCACUCCCGGCCGUUCGGCGACGCCGUGCUGGACGGCAUCGACUUCGACAUCGAGCUCGGGAGCAAGGCCUACUACGACGACCUCGCCAGGGACCUCAAGGCCUACAGCAACAGGAAGGGCGAGAAGAAGGUGUUGAUCACGGCAGCGCCGCAGUGCCCGUUCCCGGACAAGAGGCUGGGGGAGGCGCUCCGGACGGGGCUCUUCGACCGCGUGCAUGUCCAGUUCUACAACAACCCGGUGUGCAGCUACAGGGCCGGCAACGUGGCUGCGUUCAAGGCAGCGUGGGAGGACUGGACCAAGGGCCUGCCCAAGAGCUCGGUCUGCCUCGGGCUGCCGGCGGAGCGAGAGGCGUCGAACAAGGGCAGCGGGUACGUAGAUCCGGACACGCUGGUGUCCAAGGUGCUGCCCAUCGUGCACCGGUCUAAGAACUACGGAGGGAUCGUGCUGUGGAGCAGAUACUUUGACAUGAAGUCUGGGUAUAGUAGGCACGUCAAGAGCGCCGUCUGAUGCCUGCAUGCAUCAUCGAUUAUACGGAGUACUACACUACGGAAGAGUCCCCUACGUGGAGUGCCCUUGCAGUACGUAUGCAUGGCACCGUAAUAAGAAGAUCGUCGGAUUACAUAUCAUCUGAUGAGUACGUAUAUCUGAUUACAUAUGUCGGGAAGUUGUAGUAUGUGUGUAAUUCCCAAGUUGGAGUAUAUGUA